AUGUCCUCUGCAGCCGAGGAGUCCCCGGCUCAGCGAGCUGCUCGCCUGCGUCGUGAGCGUCGCGAAGCCAAGAUCAAGGAAGGAGGUGCCGCUCGUCUCGAGAAGAUCACCAGUUUGAGUGGACGACCCCCCGCCAGUGUCCACGAGGAACCCUCAUCAUCGCCCAGCCCGCAACCCGAAUUCCUAUCACAACACACCGCACCGCCGCCACCAGCACCAGUCUUUCCCACCACAGCCCCAACCCCGGCCCAAUCCCAAACCAACCCUCCUACCUUCCCCGACCACUCCCAGGCAGAGUCCGAACUCGAUCCCGAGACCCUCCAAGCCCAACAAGAACUCUUCCGUGCUCUGCUCCGCCAACCGGCGCCCUCCCCCAACCCACAACAGCAACUCCGCGGUCCCGGCGGCGCUGCCGCCCCCAACCCAGCCGGCGACCUGCUCGGCCUCGACGCCCAAGACCCGACGCUCAAGCUCCUCAACUCCCUCAUGGCCUCCAGCUCCGGCGGCGGCGGCAGCGGCAACCCCCUCGAGAACCUCAACCUGGCGGACCUUGGCCUCGGCGACGGCAAGGAAUCCUCCACCGACUUGCUCACCAACCUGGGCCUGCCGCCGUUCCUGGCCAACCUGAUCGGCAACGCCAUGCGCAAGAAGACGGACGCCGAGAAGCGCGAGAUCAUGAUCUGGAAGGUGGUUCACUUGGUCUUCGCCGCCGUCGCGGGGCUGUACCUGCUCUUCGUGCUGGGGUCGGCCGUGAGCGUGUACGGGCGGGCGCCGCCGGCGCCGGCGACGGCCCGGGAUCCGUUCACGGUGUUCAUGACCGGGGAGGUGGUGUUGACUGGGGCGCGGGCGCUGUUGCGGUCGCGGGAGCAGGGGGGUGGGUUCGGGUUGGGGAUGGGCGUGCAGCUGGUGCGGGACGUGAUGCGGGACGGGAGCUUGGUGGUGUUUGUGUUUGGGUUGGCGUCGUGGUGGUAUGGAGAGCGAUUGGUCUGA